AUGACUAUCGAGUUUACAAACACAAUGCGCAACCUGCGCACCACUCUGCGCUCUGUCACCAGACACACGCCUGCCCGCAGCACUAGUCCACGCAAGCUGAUGCGCCGCCUGCGCACUUCCCGAGCCAAGGCUGAGCAGUUUGACUCGCCCAGCCCUGAGUCUGCACACACCAGGGUUGCAUUCAUCCAGGAAGACGCCAGGUCCUCACACUCCAAAGUUGAAAUUGAUUCCUACCAUGGUGAGCUCACAGCUGCGCAGGAUGCAGCCGAGGAGAAGCUGAGGCUCCGGCUUAAGCAAAAGACCACAAGGUCGCUUGCUUACAGCAAAAAAAUACUCACCGACAGCAAUAACGCGCUUACUAAUAUCAACAAGGAGCUUUACAAACAACUAAUAAUCGAGGAAAGAAAGGUUAAGGUUCUGCGUUUUGAUUUGGUCAAUCUUGACCGUGAGUUGAAGAAUACCGACUGUAAGCUGGAAGUCACUGAGCAGAAACUCAACGAAUCCGACCAGAAGCGUGAAGCCGCCGAGAAUCACGCGCAGGCUAUUGAGUUGCAGACGGUGGAGCUGAUGGAUCUUGCACAGCAGGAUUUUGAUGAGCUCUACGACAAACUGGAGCAUAUCAAGUAUGUUUUCCUUGGCCAGCCUACUGGAAAUCUCGAUACUAUUAACGAGAGCGAUGCCGAUGGCCGGUACUUUUACGACAAUCACUAUGUCCAGCCAAUAGACAUGAUUGAGCUGAUCGCGAUUGAUGCUAUCUACACAGUUGAUUCUGAUUCUGAUAACCAGCAGCAGAAGCUGUCUGUACCAGGCGUUAUUUGCUUGCGCAAGCGCAUGCGCACCAUUUAA